AUGGGACGACUCGAAACUCUGAGGCAGCCGAAAGUCAGCGCGAGUGCCCAUCACACUGUUCAGUAUCAACAUUGCACAGUUUACUGUAUGCUAACGCUGCACACGACUCUAUCUGCACCACAUUACUUUACGCUCAUCCUUGACAACAGCACUAUGGGCUCCAAACUCGAAAUCGCACUUACGGGCGAAGCCAGCAUUCAGGUUCCAGCUGAACGUGCAGUGCUGGGAAUCAAGAUAUUCUCCAAGAGUCAGAGCAGGGAUGGUACCGCUUGCCACGUUUUGGGCACAGCUCGCAAGAUUGAAAGCCUGCUACGCAACCUUGGACCCCAGUCCACUACAAAGUUUUUUGCCAAGGAGCAGGCUUGUGUCGACUUCUGGACACGAACUUCUUUGAUUGAGACAGACUCUCGCCCCUAUGAUUCGAAGAACGAGACCGAACUACCUCGCGAGUACACAGCGGCCAUCAACUUCGGAGUACACUUUCAAGAUUUCCAAUCGAUCGAAGCCUUCAUCCAACGUCUUGUGGGCCUUCCAAUUGCUCAAACACAGGAUGUGAAGUGGGUUCUCAAGCAAGAAACCAAAGAUGCCUACUGCUCGAAGCUACGCACACAGGCAGCCAAGAAUGCACACCGGAAUGCUCUGGAGUACGCUCAAGCACUUGGCUUCGAGCGUGUCGUGCCCCACAAGCUCGAGGAGGCGCAGAUCUGUGUCCCGAUUUCGAACCGAAUCAUGAGUCGCAUACCUACCGGUGGCGUUGAGAGGAGUGGAAGGGAUUCGGUAGUCGACGAGAGCCGCCAGGAAGAGGUCAAACGUUUGGUCGAUCGUCUGAAAUUCGAGUAUCAGCCAGAGGACAUCGAGAUGAGCGUAGUAGUCAAAGCUUCAUUCUACGCUGUGUAG